GUUCAUUGAUACUUCAAUGAGCAAAAGGGUCUGAAUAGGUCUAAAUUCGACGCCUUACUGCCUUACUAUACUUAAUAUCUUUAUAGUAACUUAGAAAAACUGUAUAAAUACCCUGGCCUUGGCCUUGAUGGCCAGGAUGCUCAUUCACCCAGUGAGAGUGUCGCGAUAACAAUGAUAAUGACUGUUACUGCUAAACUAAAUAAUAACUUAGGCAUAGUCUGGUAGCCAUUUAAUCAAUGAAUGUGAUUCAAAUAGUUUAUAUUCGGUCCCGAAUCAUUCUGCCACUUAAGGGGCCAAAGCCAGCACCUUCGAAACAUUUCCUUAAGUAAGAGUAGUAAGACUGCAUCAUUGUUAUUGCAUUUAAUUUAAAGUUUACAGCAGGAGACAUAUGCCAUACUUAUAAUGGGCUUAACGGGAGAAAAAGAUUUCGGAUGACAUACUUAGGAUAUGCAAAUCUCAAGGUAGAAAUAGAAUCACUUUCAAGAAAAAAAAAGGCUAAUUGUUUGCUAUCUUUUGUACUCGCAGCAGUUUGGUCAUAUUAGGCUUAUUAGGAACUAUUUUCCUACACAAGAAAGACAAAGAAAUGUGGAUUUUACAUGAAUGAAAGAGCUUUAAAAAUAGAUUGACAUGAUAAGUGUUUUGUGUUAGUAGAAUAGUUCAAGACUUGUUUAAGCACACUGUUUUAAAUUUAAGAGAGGAAUAAGCUAGACAGAACAAAUCUUAAACAUACCAAUAAGCUACCCUACAUUUUAUUUUAGAGCAGUGUCUUAUCUAGAUAAUAAUGUUUUUGACAGUCUGGAAAGAGACGCACAAUAGAAAUUAUUUAUAAAAGGUUACAAGAUUUAGAGUCCUGCAUGAAGGAUAGCUCUCUGAACCAUUACUCUUGAGUAAAGAAAGAGGCAGGGGAUACCUGCUGUCACUACUCAUUGUUCUGUUGGCCAUUGAUUUGAUCAUGAGAAGUACAACAGCUGAAUCAAAAAACUUGUAUUGAGUGGUCGCCUUUAUUUAUUUAUUUAUUUAGGCAUUUUUAUAUAGCGCUUACCUUAUAGCUCUAAGCGCUUUACAAUUAUUAAAAACAUGUAAACUAACUACAAUAAAAAUGAGACUUAGGAUAGAUUUGGACUUGACAGAUGAACUUGCACUCUUUUCCCAAAGCUAUAAACAUAAUAUGCAAAUCUAAACAGCAGAGCUCAACCAGACAGCUAAUUGGAUCAGAUAAAUUAUCAAUUUGAGAAAAAUAAAAUUCCAAAAAUUAACACAACCAACAUAGUAGCAAUCCAAUAUAUCUAGUAAAAAUGUCAUUUAAAGAGGUAGAUUUAUUUACAUAACUUGGAACCAUAAUUAGUAAACAGGAGGACAAAUGAAGACAUUUGAACCAAAGUAAUGAAAGUGUACCCGGUAAUAAAAAAUAUGUUAAUGAAAUAAAAUAGAGAUAAAAUACAAAAUGGAAAAUAUUUUCUCUAUUAGUGUAAAACAUGGAGAACAACCUAACUCAAUACCAUUUUUUUUAUUUUGCACAUUUUCCUAAAAAUAAAAUGAUUUUAAAAGAUUUGGAAGUGAUCCUGUGGAGCAGGAAAUGCAGAGGGCAAUAAAGUUGGAUUUAUCAUACUUUGAAGAAAGCAGAAGAAAUUUUUACUUGAGAGUCUCUGUCAUGGAAUGCACAGGGCAAUAGAAGUGAGAAAGACCACAAAACAUGUGGAGAUGAGACCUGGACUGAGAAAAUGAGAGAAACAGCAAGAAGAAGAAUGAACUGGAAAUAAUAGCACAGAAUAGAAAUAGAUGAGGAUAAUUUGUGAAUGACCUAUGCGUCACUAGGAGCAAAUGAGGCAUAAAAGAAGAAAAAUGCAUAAUCCAGGGCAUUGAAGAAAAAAUACAAUUUAAAAUAGUUUUUUUUCACCAGGAAUGCAUGACUUUAAUUGAGUAAUAUAUUAAAUGUAAACGAUGCACAUUCAUAAUAAAUGAACACUUUACUUUCUUACAAUCCAUAGAUAUAGAUGCCAUAAUUAAAUCAUGACACUUCAAGCAAUUCGUUACCAUCGAGGUCACUUGGAGAUUUUAGACCAAUUACUAUUACCAGAUGUAAGCAAAUUCAUUCCCUUACAUAAUACAGAUGAAGGCUGGAUGGCAAUAAAGCUCAUGCAGGUAUGAACAAUAUUUCUUAUUACCAUAAUAUUAAUAAAUCUUGUAAGUUUUUUUGAAGCAUUAAUUUGCUUAAGUAAAAGAUUUUUCAAUGCAUAGCAAUCUGUAUUUUAAAAAAAUUAUCAAUAAAAUAGUAAAUUAAUUCUUAUUGAUAUGUGUAACAGACCAUGUUUUCACAAGAAACCAGAGAGGUAGCAUGAGUGAACAUUGAACUGUGUUGACCAUAUUUUCCACGAGGAGAGAGAGUGAAUUGUAUUUUUGAGAAGCAAAAGUGAGCCCCACGUUUUUGGAGAGUAAAUUGUUUUUGUAAAGCGGAGGUUUCCACGCUUUGCUGAGUGAUAAAAAGGGGCAGUUGAUUGAAUAGUGUAGUUAAGUGAGGACGUGUUUUUCUGAGAGGUGGAAUAUUAUAUAUACAUAUAUGUGAAAUGAUUACAUUCAUGCAAGGAUUAUUAUUAAUAUUAUCAGUGUAAAGUGUGAUAUAAUAAAGUACUGUAAGUUUAAUCAGAAUUGAGUAUACUUCCUUGCGUGCCUGGAUAAGUGACUGGAUAAGUAAGUGGAAGAAUGGAAGAAGUCUUAGCCAGCAUCCUGAAUCAUUAAUAUAAAAACAAGUGACCAUGCUACUGACAUAACGCACUAAGAAAUAGCAUGUCAGAGCAAUGUUUUACAAUGGUCACUUUUGCUUCUCAAAAAUACAAUUCACUCUCUCUCCUCGUGGAAAAUAUGGUCAACACAGUUCAAUUUCAAUGUUCACUCAUGCUACCUCUCUGGUUUCUUGUGAAAACAUGGUCUGUUACAAUAUGUUAUUUAUUUUUAAAAAUGCAUUUCAACAAGCCAGGUUCGGGGUGCUCCAGCAAUAGCUAUUGUCGGUUGUCUCAGCUUGGCCGUUGAACUCACAAAGAAAGAUUUCUCUACGAGGAAAGAACUGAAGGAAUUUGUGCAUGAAAAACUAAAUUAUCUGGUUUCUGCGCGCCCUACUGCUGUGAACAUAGCUGAUGCUGCUGCUAAAGGAAAGACUUUGAUAAAUCAACUUAUAGACAAUGAAGACAUUGAAUUGGAAGAUAUUAAGCUCAGGUAAUUUAAUUAUAUAUAUAUAUAUAUAUAUAUAUAUAUAUAUAUAUUGUAUUAUAUAAAAAUAAUUAAAUAAAAUCUGUCACAAAAGUUAAUGUAUGGUAACCAGUUGAAAGCAAAAUUAUGGGUUAAUUCUUUUCAUUUUCCAAUUUUAACUCCUAUAAUGUAAAUAGAAAGAGAAAAUAAAUUAAUCAUAAUUGUUGUAUUUUGUUUCUUUACAUCAUUCCUUUUAAAGACAAUAUAUUUUUUACUAUUAGUGUGCUAUAAAGAAAAUUAAGGGUCAUGUCAUAAGCAUAUUUCUUUAUCUCGUCUUAUUAGUCUCAUCAAAGAGUUUGAGAACAUGCUUCAGGCAGAUAUUGAUGUCAACAGAAGCAUUGGAAGAUAUGGUGCUGAACAUAUUCUAAAAAACUGUAAUAAUGAACCUGUUAUGGUAAUGACGCACUGCAAUACAGGAUCACUGGCUACUGCUGGUUAUGGAACUGCUUUAGGUUUAUAUUUUCUGUCCUUAUACUAACUUAAAAUAAGUUAUCUUCAUUAUUCAUUAGUUUUAAUUGCAUGUAACAAAAUAAGUUAUCUUCAUUAUUCAUUAGUUUUAAUUGCAUGUAACAAUAAAAUUUCAGCUGUAUCACAAAAUUAGACUGACUUUCCCAAGAUGUUAUGUUUAAAAGAAUACAACAGAUGACAAUAAUAGCAAUUAUUUUUAAGUUUUCUGUUUUCUCAAGGUGUCAUUCGCCACCUUCAUGAACAUAAUAAACUUGAUCGUGUUUAUUGCACUGAGACAAGACCCUACAACCAAGGCGCAAGACUAACUGCGUAUGAACUAGUUCACGAGAAAAUGAAUGCAUCUCUGAUUUGUGACAAUAUGGCUGCAGCUUGUAUGGCUUCCAAUAAAAUCCAUGCUGUUAUUGUGGGUGCUGAUAGGGUAGUUGCCAAUGGAGACACUGCAAAUAAGAUUGGCACAUACCAACUUGCCAUCAUUGCAAAGUACCAUAACGUCCCCUUUUAUGUUGCUUGUCCAAAAACAACAUUUGACCCUAAUAUUAAAUCAGGAAAAGAUAUACACAUUGAAAUCCGUCCAGAACAUGAGAUGACAACCCUGAAAGGAAUUAAAAUUGCUGCUGCAGGUAAUUCUUUCACAACUUACAUCACUUUCACAUUACUUUAAAGUCAUAUUUGCAUAUGAUACUUUUACCAGGCAGUGUAAAACUAUUCUUAAAAUUGUGGAAAACAUUUCAUAAAAAUUCAACUAUUUGCUUAACUUUAAUCAUAGUUAAUAAAUUAUGAAAAUAACCAGUACCAGUACUCUAGACUUAACUGUGAUGAUUUCUGAUUUGUAUCUUUACCAGACCUGUUUACCCUCAAACUCUUAAAAUCAUACAAUAUCAUCACAAAAUCGUUCAAUACAUUACCUUAGUAGUAAAAAAAUUAACGUUUUUGUGAUUAUACCUAAAUCCUUAGUUGCAAUACUUAUUUAUUUUGACAAGUUAGCAUCAGAGUCAGAGAGAUUAAAAUACUGUGUAAUGAAAAUAAUAAAUUUGUAAUUUUAAAAAAUGAACUCACUUCUAAAGAAUUUUGCUUUCAUUGCUUAGCUAAUCUAAUCCAAACAGGUAUAUCAUGCUGGAAUCCUGCCUUUGAUGUGACACCCGCUGAAUUAAUUACUGGUGGAAUUAUUACAGAAUAUGGAGUGUUCAACCCACGGGAGAUACAAGACAAAUUUAAUGAAUUUGAUCAACAGCGUUGAAAUAUUUUUUUCAUUUUUAAAAUUUAUUCAAUUAUCUGAAUUUUUAAUCAGACGUUUCCAUGGGUUGGUAUUGAGUAAAAAUAAAUUGUUUAAAGAACUGUUAUUUUUGUAACUCAGAUGUUCAUCUAAUGUGUCAUUAAGAUGUGCAAUAUAAAUGUUUGUAACAAAAAGAAAAAGGGAGAAUUAAUGUGUUUGAGUAAAUUCAGAGAAAAAUAAAAUAAUUUACAUUUCUUAUUACCAUAAAAGAAGGUGCUAGUAUGGUACCGAUAGUUUAAAAUAAUUAAAGAAACAUUUGUAAUUUAAAAAUUUUCGCCAUUCUAGUUUCAUUGCACCGAAUUCACAUUAUUUAUUCAAUGUAUUUGUGAAAAUUUAUACCUUUGAAUAUAUACUUCCUAUUUAAUCAGGUUUUUUUCAUCAUGUAUCAACUCACCUUCUCUAGUCAGAUGACAGUUUAAGAUUUCACUAAUCAAGUUAAUUAAAAAAAUUGAUUAAUUAAUUAAGAUAAUCUCGUACCAUGAGACUUACUUCUUUAUUCUUGUAAUUGAUUUGAAUUCAUGUAGCUAUUUUCAGUAUAAAACAUUAUUGUUCUGAUUGUCAAGGCAACUAUUACUUCUACCCAUAAAUCAGUUUUCAGUUAUUAUUUAAGUCUAUUUACUUUUUGAGAUAAAGCCUAGCUCAGAAUUUUGAAUGGACCACAUUAAAUUGUGCCUUUUAAUUAAUACUAAUUUGCUUUCCUUUAUUGUCUUUUCAAUCUUUGUAGUUUUUUUUUUGUGGAAAAUUUCAUUGAAAAUAUAUCUUUAUUAUUAUGACAGCAAAGUUAAUGUGAAGACAUUUUGAGAUAUAAUAAAAACUUA